CUGGGUGAAGAGUUCCUCGGCUCUGAAGUUUCAAAGCAAGCUGUGAUUUUUACAGAUCACGCCGUGGAGAUCCAUCAGAGCCAAGGCUUCAGACUUUAGGAAGCUUCAUAAAGGGAUUUAUUAAAGGAUAGAUGCCUGAUGGAGACGAUGGACAUCAGACUGACCCUGAAACAUCCGGUGAAGAUCAUACCAUGGAGGAACAACAACUUCAGCCUGGUGGAGAAGGAAGCUCCUCUUUCUGAGCAGGCAGAGAUCUGCGUUGGAGUCUAUCUGCUGCUCUUAGGUUUGCUCUCCUGGGUCGGGAACAGUAUCGUGAUCCUGGUUCUGUACAGACAGAGACUCGUCCUCCAGCCUACAGACCUCCUGACCUUUAACCUGGCCAUCUCCGACGCCGCCGUAGCCGUGUUCGGAUACUCCAGAGGAAUCGUGGAGAUCUUUAAUGUGUUUAGAGAUGAUGGAUACGUCACUAAAUGGAUUUGGACCUGCCAGGUGAAUGGUUUUAUGACCUUGCUCUUCGGUUUGGCCAGUAUGAACACUCUUACCAUCAUCAGCAUCACCAGAUACAUCAAAGGAUGCCACGCUAAUAAAGCGUACUGUAUAAACAAGAACACCAUCUCCAUCUCCAUCAUCUGCAUCUGGACGGGGGCGCUCUUCUGGUCUAUGGUUCCUCUGCUGGGGUGGGGAAGUUAUACAGACCGUGGAUACAGUACCUGUGAGGUGGACUGGACCAAAGCCAACUACUCCACCAUCUACAAGUCCUUCAUCAUCUCCGUCCUCACCUCCUGCUUCAUCAUCCCCAUGAUGCUCAUGCUGUUCUCCUACAGCUCAGUUCUUCACACAGUGAAGGGCAGGAACGCCAUGACGGCCGACGGUUUCUUCUCUGAGAGACAGAGGAAAGUGGAGAGAGAUGUAACCAGGGUCUCCAUGGCGAUCUGUACGGUCUUCACGCUGGCCUGGUCUCCGUACGCCGUGGUCUCCAUGCGCUCAGCCUGGGGUUUAGCCACGCCCAGCACCACCAGCCUGUUCGCCCGGCUACUGGCCAAGUCCUCCUGCUUCUACAACCCCAUCAUCUACCUCGCCAUGAGCUCCAAGUUCCGCAAGGACGUCUCCGCCCUCUCGCCCUGCUCCACCCACACCCGGGAGGAGGUCCAUCUCCAGCAGUUCAAACCCCUCAAACCCACAGCUGAUCCUCAGCCGGAGCAGGAGAACCACACCAAGCUGGAGGUGGUGGUGGAGGACAGGGACUCGGGGGUGAACAGCCCCACACAUACGCCUACUUUACCCAGCAGGGGGGUCUUCCACGUCCCCAUCCCACCCCAGAGCAGAUCCUCCGGGCUGCCGGAGAUGGAGAGCGACAAACUCUGAAAGAAUUCAAUUUCAGAAACUUGAAUAAAUCCAUAUUUGUUACUUGAAUUACUUGAAUGAAUGUUGGGAUAUUUGCUUAUUAAUUUAUUAAAAAGAGUUUAUCCUUAAA